AUGGGCGCCUAUCUCUAUGGGCGCCUAUCUCUAUGGGCGCCUAUCUCUACGGGCGCUUAUCUCUAUGGGCGCCUAUCUCUAGGGGCGCCUAUCUCUAGUGGCGCCUAUCUCUAUGGGCGCCUAUCUCUAGGGGCGCCUAUCUCUAUGGGCGGGCGCCUAUCUCUAUGGGCGCCUAUCUCUUUGGGCGCCUAUCUCCAUGGGCGCCUAUCUCUAGGGGCGCCUAUCUCUAGGGGCGCCUAUCUCUAUGGGCGCCUAUCUCUAUGGGCGCAUAUCUCUAUGGGGGCCUAUCUCUACGGGCGCCUAUCUCUAUGGGCGCCUAUCUCUAGUGGCGCCUAUCUCUAUGGGCGCCUAUCUCUAGGGGCGCCUAUCUCUAUGGGCGCCUAUCUCUAUGGGCGCCUAUCUCUAUGGGCGCCUAUCUCUAUGGGUGCCUAUCUCUUUGGGCGCCUAUCUCUAUGGGCGCCUAUCUCUAGGGGCGCCUAUCUCUAG